GAACUACGCACAGUUUGAAGUUUCACAGUCGCAAUAUAAAAUUUAAUUAUACGAAUAUGUAAUAUAAAAAAAAAAUUAUCUGAUUUAUUGAAGAACAGAUGAUUCAUCAUAAAUAUAUACGUGACAGAUAUAUUUAUUAAUGAAUUUGAAAAUCGUUGGCCUCUAUAAAAAUGUUAUUUAUCAUCAAUUAAAUGGAUUUGAAAUGAUGCGAUUGACGUUAAUAAAGGGGUUACAGUUUGGAAAAGUAAAACCAUAUAUGACGUGAGUUUGCGCGCAAGCACAGAAUCCUGUGCUUUUGUAUAACAUUCAGUGGAACAUCGUGAGAGCCAAGUGUCGGACGUUAUCAUCCCUCUUCAAAUCUUUAAGUGUUGACGGCAAAUUAUUAUCUCAAAGAGACAAGGAUCUUGAGCUGAUUUUUUUUUAAUUUCCCUUUCAUUUUUUUUUUUUGGAAAGGUAAAUUUUCAAAAGGCAUUAAAGUAAAGAGCCUUUAGGCUCUUUGCAUUUAUUUAUUCAAGAUUGCACUACCAUCAGAUUCACCUCGAAAAAUGAAGGCACGGAAAAGCCGUGAGAAAAUUGAGAUGGAGAAUAAAGAGGCUGAACUUGAAGAUCUCGGGGGCGUUUUAGGGGGUUCUGGGGGGGCCUUAAGUCUUGGGGGUCGUCACAGACCAGAGGAAUUGGCCACCCUUGCUGCCACCACAAGGUUCACACGAAAGGAAAUUCAACUUAUUUAUCGUGGAUUCAAGCAGGAAUGCCCCACUGGACUUGUCGAUGAGGAAGCCUUCAAAAAAAUAUUCUCACAAUUUUUUCCCCAAGGAGAUGCGAGUCAAUACGCUCAUUAUGUCUUCAACACUAUGAAGAGGAAACAAUCUGGCAAAAUUAGUUUUGAAGAAUUUUUAGCUAUUCUUUCUAAAGUAUCUCGGGGUUCAGUGGAAGAAAAACUUCAAUGGGUAUUUGGACUUUAUGAUUUAGAUGGCGAUGGACUAAUCAGUAAAGAAGAGAUGCUAGACGUUGUGGAAUCAAUUUAUGAGAUGCUAGGUCGUUACACGCAACCCCAAAUUGCUGAACCACAAGUAGCAGCACGUGAACAUGUCGAUCGAAUAUUUCACCAAAUGGAUGCAAAUAAAGAUGGAGUUGUGACAAUCGAGGAAUUGGUCCAAUGGUGCUCUAAAGAUGAGCAUCUUCUACAAAGCUUGAACACUCUCGAUACAGUCUUAUGAGAUCUUUAUUCAAUUUCGUGAAUUAUAAUCACAUUCUAAUUCCCAUUUUCCUUGAGUAAAAUAUAAUUAAGGCGUUAAAAGAUUAUUUACGAAUACUAUCUAUAAAAAAAAGAAGUUAAUUUCAAUUUUCCGAAAGUUAACAUCAAAAGUUACUCGCAAUUUUACAAAAAAAAGAAAAAUAUUUCAAAUACAAUUCCAUUAUCUUCUCUUUGAAAAUGUUGAUUAAUUGAAAAAUUAAAUAUAAAUACAACUAUAUCUAAGGAAUUAAUAAAUUAAUUAUAUAAGAUUAAUAAAAUAAUUUUUAAAAAUUUCCAACUAAAAUUGAAAUCGUUGAAUAUAAUGAAAACGAAUGUUCAAAAUUUUAAAUACUUCUAUAAAUGUAUUAAAAUGAAAAUUAAGAAGAUUUGAAAAUAAAAAUGAAUACAUUUUUUUCUAAUAUUCGAUGUAAACAAUAUAUUAAAAAGUUAACUGUGUAUUUCUCAUUGAAAAAUCUUUUUGAGGAAUUAAGCAUUGUUUAAUAUGAUAAGCAAAAAAAAAACUUGUUGAUAAAAAACCAAUAAGAAAAGAAUUUUACAAACAUCAUGAAGCAAGACAAAUAAAUUGCAAAGACAGAACAUUUUAAAUAUUGCAUUAUUUACAAAAAAAAUAUAUAUAUAUAUUAGUAGUAAGACAUAAAUAUUGUUAAGAGAAAAAUUAAAUAUUUUAUUUCGCACGAAUUAUAGUUUUAUUAAAUAUUAAAGAAAUUUUCAAAAUUUUUGCUUUUUUGAAUAUUAAAAGUUGAUAAAAAAAUUAUUAUUUUUUCAAAAGAAAAUUGUAAUAUUCAGCAAAACUAUCGGCUAAAUUUUUAAGGAAAUAUAAUUUAUUUCUGUUAAAAAAAAUAUUAUUGAAUUCAUAACAAAUGUAAAUGAAUUCGUAAAAUAUUUUUUUACGCCUUUUUGUAAAUAUGUACGUACCUUUUACUCACCCAUGUCUUUCAAAAUGCUUUUCGCUUAAUGCGAUAAAAUCUAUUUGCUGAUAGAAGAAAUAUUUAACGAGAUUCUUGUCUCUAAAAAAAAUAAUAUAUAUUACAAAAGAUAUAAAAUAUACAAUAUAUACAAAAAUAUUUUCCUGAGAUAUUAAAAAACAAAAAAAAACAAAAACAAAAAACAAAGAGAACAAAAAGAAACAAAUAUCGUCAGUGAUGUAGUUGGAACAUAAACAGGGUAAUCUUAAGAAAAAACCUCAGUAUGUAUACUAAAAAUUUUUUUUUUUCUAUUUAUUUCAAAUUUGAAAAAAUUAAAAAUUUUAAUAAUAUAUACAAUAGAGAGAAAGAUAUAUAUAUAGAGAGAGAAUAAAAAUUAUUUUAAAUAAAUUGUUGAAGACAAAUUAAAUUGUUGAAUAAAUUUUUUUUAAACUUCUAUCACUACAUCACUGGCUUGAAUGCCAUUAAAAUGUCUUUCAAAUUUUUGACAAAUUUUCCAUAAAUUAAAAAAGUCAUUGUCAUAGUUUUAUAAUUAUUAUUUUUUUUUUUUUAUUUACAAACUUUGUACCUAUAUUUAUUGUAUGUAUUUUAAAAACAAAAUUAAUGUUGAAAUGUGAGAAUUAAUAAAAUUUAAACGAAAAAAAGUGUAGAAAUAAAAAAAAUGAAAAUUAAAUUUUUCUUGGCAAUGACACUAUUAUAAUAAUAAAUUAUUAUUAUUAUUAUUAUUAAAUUCUGAAAAAUAUAUAACUUAUUUUAUUUUAAAACUAUAUUUAAAAAGAAAGUUGAUCUAUAGUUAAUUAACAAAAGUUGAUUGUAUCUAAAGAAUUUAGAAAAAUGUUAAAAAAUUCCGGAUGUUUUGAAGAAACUUUAAAAAGAAGAUUGAGAAUGUUUAAAAAAAAUGAAGAGAGAAAAAUGUUUUAUAUAUUUUCAAUGUUUAAAUUAUAAAUAUUAAAAUGUUCAGUAUUUAUUCUCUUAAUAAAAUAAAAUAUUGCAAAAUAAUGAAAUAAUAAAUUCAUAAUUUUUAUUUACAUUUUAUUGAUACUUACAUUAUAAAUAAUAAAUUAAUAGUUAAGAAGUUCAUUCGAAUUAUUAAUGUAUUUUAAGGAAAAGUGUGACUUUCAAUUUUUAUAAAAUAGAAAAUAAUUUAUUUUGCUAAAUUUAUUAGAAUUUAUAUUUAUUUAUAAUUUUUUUUUUUUUU